AUGGCGAAAAAGACUUACGACUUGCUCUUUAAAUUGUUGCUCAUUGGGGAUUCCGGCGUUGGGAAAACUUGUAUAUUGUUCAGAUUUUCAGACGACGCUUAUUCGUCCACCUUCAUUUCUACCAUAGGUAUCGAUUUCAAAAUUAAGACCGUGGAUUUGAGAGGAAAAAAAAUCAAGUUACAAAUAUGGGACACCGCGGGUCAAGAGAGAUUCCACACGAUAACUACGUCGUACUACAGAGGUGCAAUGGGUAUUAUGCUCGUUUAUGAUAUCACCAACGAGAAGACCUUUGAAAAUAUUGUCAAAUGGUUGAGGAACAUCGACGAACAUGCCAAUGAGGAUGUAGAAAAAAUGAUAUUGGGAAAUAAAUGCGACAUGGAGAAUAAACGUGCCGUCAGUACAGAAAGGGGCGAGGCCGUGGCAAGAGAGCACGGGGUAAGAUUUAUGGAAACAUCUGCAAAGUCAAACAUCAACAUAGACCGAGCAUUCAGCGAGUUGGCGGAGGCAAUUUUAGAGAAAACCCACGGAAGAGAACCGCAAGACGCUGUCGAUCGUGUGACAGUGGAUCGAAAAGUAGAAAGAAGUUCCAAUCGGUGCUGCUAACUUAAUACUAUUUAUUUUAACGACGUAUUAUAAGCCAUGUAUCGACUCGUGCCAGUUUGAUUAGACUUGUGUAUAGAGUUAGAGCGUACGUGUCACCGUUUACUGCUAUUUUUACAUCGUUUUUACUAAAAUCGAAUACCACGGCUUCUCAAGAGUCACGCUUUUCAGCCGGUGCGUUCUGUUAAUCGGUUGAGGUAACUUCUCGACGACCGAACACGCAAGAUUCCCAUAAGAUCGAAUAUCAUCGUCUAUACCGUAACGCUUAUUGCGAUUUUCACAAGAACUUUUAUAUCUGAAUCUCGUAUUAAAUCACAAGACUGCGUUGCAUACGUGUUUAUUGUACGCGCACAAUGUCUAAGCUCCAUCGCUUUGCGGUACGAAUCACUCUGGCGUGCACGACCUGUCUGUAGUGGUACAUUUAGCGAUGGUUUUGGGACGUUUAGUUGGACUGUAUCCACGGCAUUGGUAUAAGAAAAAAAAAAAUAAUAACUAACGAUAUCCCAAGA